CGAAAGCGACAGCGGCUCUCACUCUCCCACCUAUCCCGACCUGCGAGAGAGCGACAGCAGCCUGGAGCCGUUGGCUGAGCCAGAGACACCUCAUGUGCGGGCAACGCCAGGCCCCAUGUGAACCUCAUGGUACCCGCGCUACCAGCGAACCGUGAUGAGCAGACUUGAAGUCCCGUCUGAGGCUCAAGACAGCAGCCACGGGCAGUGUGUCUUCGGCUCAACCUGCCAUUGCGACAACUUUGAACGCCUCUACGUCAGUUGGCACCACAGUGCCACAAGGUGUCAGUCAUCUUGUACUAGAUUGUAUGCAGUGUAUUCCAGCCACAGCUCAUCCCUGCAAGUUGCAAGGGAGGGCGAGGGCAAAGCGGCAUUUGCCGCCAUGUAUCAGUAAUCGAGCCUGUCCUUUGCUACGAGUGAGAGUAAAGGAAAGCAACAUUG